CGGAUGUUCAAACUCUGUUGAUAUGACAAAGUUUUACUUUCAAAUAAAAGGAUACAUUUACUCAACCGCCGUGGAUGUAUUGUGAGGUGUUUACCAGCAUAGCGUUCAAAUUUCCCACACUUUUUAUAGUCUAAACCAAGGCCGUUGCUAUGGAGGACGUCACGCGGCUAGUGUCGUCAGGUGACUGUCUGAAGAUUUGGGACUCGACCUCCAUGACUGUGGUGGAGCAGUUCAACCCUCACAGUGCCACACAUCCAGUGGCUCAAGUGUGCUGGAGCAGCAGCAAUCAGUACCUGGUCAGUGCCAGCAGUAUAGGGGACAAGCUGGUGGUUUCCAGUCUCAAGUCGUCACCGGUUCCAGUGAUGGAGCUGGGAGAAGGGAAAAAACAAACCCGUGUCAGUCUGAACUCCACAUCACAGUUCCUGGUCAGUGGAGGACUGGAUAACAGCGUUAAUAUCUGGGAUCUAAAGACAAAAAGGUUGCACCGAACCCUUAAGGACCACAAGGAGGAAGUGACAUGUGUGUCUUUUAAUGGAGGUGAUAGCUACAUAGCAUCAGGCUCCACUAGUGGAGAUAUCAUCCUCCACAGUAUCACAACCAACCUGUCCAGCAAACCCUUCGGCCAUGGGCCAAAUGUGCCAAUCCAUGAUCUGAGGUACUCGCUGGUGAAGAGGUCUCUGCUGGGCACUGUAUCUGACAGUGGCUCUGUGGCACUCUGGGACGCUAACACUCAAAAGGAGCUGCACUUAUUCGAGGGGGCACACAAAGCCCCGUGUUCAGGGUUGGCCUUCUCCCCAGCCAAUGAUUUGCUCUUCAUCACUGUGGGGCUUGAUAAGAAGAUCGUCUGCUAUGACACCUCCAGCAAAAUGGUGUUUCGUAAUAAGCAGGUGGAGUCUCCACUCACAGCCAUUGAUUUUACCCCAGAUGGGGCUGGACUGGUUGUGGGCUCAACGCAGGGAAGGAUCUACCUGUACGAUUUGAGAAACCUCAGCGCGCCGAUCAAAAUCACCACGGCUCACAAGACAUCAGUGACCUGCAUUCGCUUCCAGAACUCCACCUCCAAGUUAAAGUCCACUAAAACAUCCAGCAAGACAUCUCAAUCAAAUAAGCGGGUUUCAGUAAAACUGAGCGGUCAGCAGAUGGGACCUUCUACUCCAACAUCUACAGUCCCACCCAGUGUGCCUGGCUCUGAAUUUCCUGGAGAUGGCCAAGCCCAAGUCACAGGCACUGCAGGUGAGGUGUUCUCCCGAGAGGCAGAGGGACAGCACAGUCAAGAUCAACUGCCUAAUGUGGAGAAAUUUAGCAGCAUAGGUCGGAACAGCCUAAACCUGGAUAUUUUCUCCCCACUUAAUGAUGGUUUCAAAACACAUGGUUUUGGUGAUACUCCAACUUCAAGAAAUGGUGGCAGUAUAGAUGUGUUCUCGAGGGAAGCAGAAGGCCAGCAUAACACAGACCGGUUCAGAGUCGGCAGAAACAGCUUGGACAUCUUUUCACCUGUACGAGAUGAUUACAAAGGACACAGACUGAGUGAUGUAUCAAGUGGAAAGAAAGACUUUGAAUACCUACCUCAUUUCCCUGGUGGAACGUCCCAGAGGAAGACCCCAUUGGGCACUCCAGGCAGUCGCUGCUACAGCCCAUCUGUGGUUCAGACUCCUCCACCAAUCAAAGAGGAGGAGCCCAUCACUACCCCACCACAACAGACUGAUGUACAAAAUGGCACCAAGGUGGAGAAGAAUAACGGCCUCCGCCAGGAGUAUGAUGUCAUAACCACGCCACCUGCUGCUCAGAGCACACGCGUUCAGUCCGCGCAGCCGUUCAACACACCCGAGGCCAGUCAGAGGAGAGAUCUGCCCACCCAGCUCACCUAUGAUUCGCCUGUCAACAGAGCUCCUCCUGCAGCUGCACCCGCUCCAGCGGCAGCAGUCGGAUCUGGAGCCGAGGGCCGUGGAGCUCCACUCACCUCCGUUCAGAUGAACUUUGUCCGUAACAUGAUCCAUGAGGCACUGGAGGACUUCAGGGACACCUGUCAUAGAGACAUCAUCAAUCUACAGGUGGAGAUGGUUCGUCAGUUCUAUAUUCAGCUGAAUGAAAUCCACGGUCUGAUUGAGAAGUACUCAGUGAAUGAUUCGCUCGUGGAGGAGAUAGAAAGACUGAAGGAGGAAAACAAACGACUGCGAGCCAAUUAUUAAAGACAUCCAUAGACCCGCGUCUCCCACUGUGGAGGUCCGGAAUUCUGAUCGGAAUCAGAGGACGGAUAGUAGCUCAAGUUUCUACUAGUGCCUUUACUCUGCAGACCAACGCUCACAGUCUGCUUUUCCAUUUGUCAUAUUGGCACACAGUUUUGUAUUUGUUUCAGGUUAUAAAGCAUGUUUUUGUAAGAUUUAUAUGCCUUAAAAUCAAAUAGCAAGGAAGAGAACACUUUGUUUUUUCUCCAAGGUGUGUUUUGUAUAUCCCGACUAGUUUACAGGAAAAAAGACAUGUAUUUGCAUGAAUGUGGUAGAGUGAAGAAACAUCCCAGCGUGGAUUUUGCCACUAAUGAACUGUGCUCCUUUGUAAUUGUUAUCCAGAUUAUUUUUGCAAACCAAAUGCCAAAAAUGAAAGGACAUUGGUCAUUUUGUGUAAGAAUAGAAAUGUAGGUGUUUUGCAGCUUCAAAAGGUGUGUGUGUAUAGAGAUUGUGUGAAUGCUAGUGCUUCAAAACAUGACAUUUCUUUUGAAUCGGUUUCAUUAGAUCUUGGUAACAAAAAGGAACGAACUAACAAAACCAUUGUCCAGUACACUGUGCCCAUAAUCUGUAUUUGCAAGGUGUCUUCCCAUGGACUGGCCUAAAUAAAUUAUUUCUGCAUUCA